AACUGUUGGCAACAUUGUUCAUUGUUUUUUUUUUGUGUGUCGUCUGUGUUUGCAGGUGUGUCACGUGUGAAAAUAUAAAUAAAUAUGGCCUUAGCAUAUUAAUCUUGUGUAAAUAAUGUCUUGGUUUGGGGAACAAUUGAGCUCUUUUACCGAAAAAAUAACAGAUAUUACGAAGGAAAUAUUAAUUGAUGAACCUGACCAAAGAGAGUCACCCAAUGCCACUAAUGCUCCAACCUAUAAAGAGCUUCUUGAGUUGUGCAGAGAGAAAGAUGAGAAAAUAAAUAACCUUCUGUCCGAAAAAGAAUACCUUGAAAGUAAUAUUGAAGAGCUUGAUAGGCAGCAUCAGGAAGCACUUGAAGCUGUUUUACUUCAAAAAAGUCAAGUUGUUUCUGAAAACAAUGAUCUCAAGAAAAAGCUUGACGCUGAGAAACACAAACAACUUGAAUCUGCCAAAGGUGAUUUCCAGUUUUCCUAUGGAAACUCUGAUAUAUCAGAUAACUUAAAUGCCAAUGUUUGUGAAAGUCAUUCCACUGAACUGUUAAGGGAGAACAUAAACUUGAUAUCCAUUUUGCAGUCUGUUUCAGAUUGUAGUGAAGAUGAAAAGUUCAAGAAGCAAGUGGAUUGGCUCGAGAAACAAAAGGAUUUGAUCGUACUCAACAACGCAAGCUUAAAUACUUCCGUAAACAAGAUAGAUACUUACAUCAGUUUCUUAGAAGCUUUGCACAGUCAAUCUUUGUACUCUGUUGUGGACGAAAUUUGCUCUAUUUUCAAUUCACUAGUUUUUGAAAACAGUAAUUUAAAGGAAAAGCUUGCUUUAGUCUCCAAUGCAGAAAAUUCUGUAAAAUCAAAUAAUAGUAAGAACAGCUCUUGUGAGGCUAAUAACCAACAAAUAAAGUUAGAGAGAGUUGAUUCCGAAGCUCAAACUGUUGCAUUCAAUCUCCAAACUACUGCACAGAUUUGUGAGAACUCUAAAUCUAGUCAAGCUGAGAUAAUCAAACCCUCUGUAUCAAACUAUAUACAAACAGAUUCAAAUUUUGGUGAAGAAGUAGAUUCUUUACUUAAAAAAGAAUCGCUGAUAGCUCAACUUGAAUCUAAAAAUUUAUUUUUGGAGGAGGAGAAACAUCUCAUCCAAGAAAAAGUUGAUCAGUUACAGUCACGUUUAAAUAAAGAGACUAGUCACAUCAAGACUCAGACAGACAAUACAUUAGAAAAUUCCAGCAAUGAGCUUCUUAGUGCUCAGAGAACUAUUGAACAGUUAAAGCAUGACUAUUGUGCUCUCCAAGAAGGUAAUGCUUUAACUAUAAAGAAUUUGAAUCGAGAGUUGGAAGCUAGUGCCUUUACUGUUUCUGAACAGCAAACUAAAAUUGAUUCAUUGAAAGAUGAAAUUAAAUCAUUAGGAGAAACUAUUCAUAGCUUAAAGCUGAGAAAAGAUAGUAGUGAAGUUUCCAUUGAAUUAGAUAAAAUGCCCAUCCAAAAAACUACUAUUCAACCGUUAAAAGUUGAAGAGAUUCAAAAGUCUUCAAUUUCUGAAACCGAAAUGACACUUUUGCAAACCAGGUUAAAAACUUCGGAACUCGAAAAAGGAAGGCUUUUGUGUGUCCUGAAUGAAAAGACUCAAGAAUGUAGUAGUCUCAAAGCUGAAGUUCACAAACUGACCAACAUAGUUUCUUCUGAAAAGCAAGCUUUGAUGAAACUUCAACAGGAUAUAUUUGAAUUGAAGCAAUCAAACGGGGAGAACUCUGACCCAGAGCUUACAAAAGAAGCCAUUAAAAAACUGAGUACUAUAAUUAAAGAUAAAGAUUUAGAGAUAGACUCUCUAACACAAAAGAACUCGUCUCUCACUACUUUAAUUCAGAAUGACGCCGCAAUACCAGAACAAUUGCAGGCACUGGCGGAUGAGAAAAUGAGUCUCUCAAAAGAAUUGAGCAAAUAUAAAGCAGAACGGGAUAAGAUUAUGCUAAGUUACAACACCAAAGAUAAGGAAUGGCGGGAGCAUAAGGGUGAAGUAAAGAAAUUGAAUGGAGCACUUACUGAGCUGAAGGAAAAAUUUGAUGCCUUAGAUCAAAGCCAUACUUCAGUUGUUCAACAAUAUGAGGAAAAGCAAAAGUCUUUGAUCAAUACUCAGAAUGAGCUUGUCAGGCUGAAACAGCGUGUCAGUGAAUUAGAACAGGAGUUGAUGGAUGUCAAAACGAAACACACUGAUCUUUUAAAUAGUGUGAAUGCAAAUGAUGUCAUUCAAAUUACGAAAGAAGAAUUGCACGAGAAGGACUGCAAACUCGAAAAACUCACUUGCGGGAAUGUUGAAAAAGAUCAUCUAAUCCAAGAAAAAGAUUGUAUGAUCCAUGAUCUUUCCCAGCAAGUCAAAAAGCUGAAAUUGGAGUCUGGGCAGCAGGUUCAAAUGAGCGGAGAUCUUCACGAAAAAAUUUCCAACUUGACCGAGAGGCUAAAAAGCGAAAAUCUUUCCCUCGAGCAGGUUCAGAGAGAAAAGAUCUCUCUGGAGCAGAGAUUGCAGGAUCGGACUUCGGAGCUGGAGCUGCUGAAGGACAUGAAUGAACGAUUGAACAUGAGUGUGAAGGAGAAAGAGUUUUCGAUUCAGUCAAUGACUGAAAAGAUAUCCUCCUUAUCGCAGUACAUUAGUAGUGACUCUUCUUCUAGUUCUGCUGAUGUCAACCAGAUUCUUGCCGAAAGUGAGACAAUGUUUAGUGAAGCACAGAAAUUUAGACGUGAAAGAGAUGAAUCUCUUUUGGCUUUGAAUCAAAGCAAGCAAGAAACUCAGUCUCUUAAAAAUGAGAUUCAGAGAUUAAAAAGCAAUGAAAUUCAUUUGGAGAGUCAGUUAUCUCGUCUUCGUCAACAUCUUUUAGAGGUUGAAGAGAAUUAUACAAAUGAAGCUUUGAAAGCAGAGGAAAGAGAAAAGAAAUUGAAAGAGGAGUUAUUUGAAGUGAAUAGAAGAGCGGAUAUAAAUAGCUCGGCAGUUGUUGAUACUAACCAACGAGCUAGCAUUCAAAUAGCAAGUCUCCAAGAGCAACUUUCGAUGGUAGCUACUCAGCGAGAUGAAACUCUGGCUCAGAUAUCUUCUUUAGAGGAUAAAGUGUUGCAACACUCUACAUCUGUGAAUAAAUUACAGUUAGUACUUGAACAAAUGCAAAAAAGCAAUGAAAGAAAAAUCAAAGAGGUUGAUAACAAGUGGCAAACUCUUCUUCAAAGUCAGAAAGAAGCGAACCAGCAGUUAGAAAAACAGUUGCAAAUUAAAAAGAUGCAACUGGAAGAAAGUUCAAGAGCUUUAGAAGCUGCUUCUCGACUAAGUGAACAAUUGGAUGCAAAGGAAGAAAUAAUUUCAACUCUAAAACGAGAAUUAUGGGAAACUGAAAAUAAGAUAAAAUCAACUGCCCUAGAAAUCAGUUCCAUAAGAAGCAAUACAGAAGGAAAAGUAGACAGAAUAGUAAUGAAAAGUUUGGUUUUGGGCUAUUUUUCCACACCACCCAAUCAGAAAUCUGAAGUGAUUCGUCUUCUAGCUAGAGUUCUAGACUUUAACCAGGAGGAGAUGGAAAAAGCUGGUAUAGUAGUGGGUAGGCAAACUAGAAGACAAGAUAGUAAGGGAGGAAUCUUUUCGUCUAUAUUCAAUCGGCUGCCAUCUCUGAGCUCUGCUGAAAGUAGUCCACAACCGCAAGAGAAAUCAUUUACUACAUUAUUUGUCCAAUUCCUGGAAAAUGAAUCCCAGCCUAUUGUUCCUAUGCCAUUCCCUGCAGAGAAAAUGGCUGAAGAACAGAAGUCUAAGACUCAACUGAAAAAGAAACCUGAAACUGUUAGGAAUCCAAGUCCACUUCUGUUAGACAUAGAAUCUGCUUUCCCUACAUUUACACCCGUUGCAGCUGUGGAAUAUUCAGUGUCUCCAGCUCCUGCUAUACUGAAGGAGGUUCUGGAAUGAUUCAUCUCGGAACAAUCUGGCUCACAAAUGUGGCCAUUUACUUGAUAUCUCAGCAAUUGAUUGCUAUUGAUUACAGAAAUUUGAAUUUUCCAGUUUUAUAUUACACUUUAAACCUUUGAGCGAAUUUAGGAAGAAUUUUGCUUGCAAUACAUUCCCAUUGUUAUAAGUAAAUCUGUGAGUUGUACAAGAAAGCUUCCUGAACGUUUGAAAUGUCUGGGUCUAAUUUCAAAAGAUUGAUAAUAAUUUUUCCUGAUGUUGGCAAGCUCUCUUUUUUAAAAAAUCUCUCUUUAAAAAAAAGAGAAAAUGCAAAAUAUUGAUAUUAACUUUCAGAUUUUGACCAAUGUAUAAAUUACAGUGAAAUAAUGUAUAAACUAAAUUUUUAUUUAUUUUAUUAAAAGUAUGAUACAGAGAUGAUUGUGCUCCGGAAAAAAUUUAGAUUUUUCCCUAGCCCCAGUCCGGAAGUUUCCGGAAAUCCAAGGUUUAGAAGCUUUAAGAAAUCAUCAAUCACAUUUAUGUAUAAAAAUUCUUGUACAUUUUAUAAAAUAACACCUCAUUCAAUCGUAAAUAUUUUUUCUGAUAAAAUAAUAAAUGAUUUGA